AUGAACGACGAGGCAAUAGAUCUGACGUCCGAUGCGCUGCCUGGCGACAAUCUUGCUCAGAUUAAUAGACUUGGCGGCCUGUCGCAUGAAGAGCGCGCCGAUCUGGCCUUUGCCCUACUGUCGAGUCUGCCGACACGCUACAUCUAUGACAUAAGUCACAAGAUUACAAAGAUACUGCACUUCGACUUCAUGCCUAUUCUACCGCAGGAAAUUAUCGUCCAUGUCUUCAGCUUCCUCGACUUCAAAGAUGUCCUCCGUUCCAUGCGAGUCAGCAGGCAAUGGUACGAAAUGGCGAGCACGCCUAUUUUGUGGAAGGCGCUUUACUUCAAGCAAGAUUGGAAAGUCAACGACAGUCGGGUCAAAGCUUUCGAACGAUGGGCUGAAGGCGCUUCCCAAGCUGGCGUUCAUUCAAAUAUAGCAGUCACCGCUGUACCCGCACCAUUCACAGUGGCACAUAUCGCGCCCUCCUCAGACUCGUUCUGCAUCAAGCUGCAUUGGCAAUACCUCUUCAAGCAACACUUGCUUCUCGACAAAAAUUGGCGCACUGGUCUGCAUGACUUGUAUGAUCUACCAACAGAACAAGAUUCAAACGGCUCUAGGGCGCAGGGAAUCUAUUGCCUGCAAUUUGAUCACCAGUAUGUUGUGUCUGGGUCAAGAGACAAGAGCAUUCGAAUCUGGGACUUGGAGAAUCGCAGGUGUGUUGGACAGUUGAUUGGCCACACGGGGUCUGUCUUGUGUUUGCAGUAUGACGGUGCGACGAGCACUGUUAUCAGUGGAUCCAGCGACACCAACAUCAUCACUUGGGACAUGGCGAGUGGCACUGCAACGCACUGCUUUGUUGGUCACACGGAACCUGUGCUCAAUGUCCGCUUCGACGCACAUCACGUUGUGUCAUGUUCAAAGGACAAGACGAUCAAGGUUUGGUCACGCGACGCCAGCAAACCAGACUCGCAAGCCUGUCUUCGCACGCUCGUUGGACACCGUGCAGCAGUCAACGCUGUACAAUUUGUUGGCAACCGCAUCGUCAGCGCGAGUGGUGACCGGUCAAUCAAUAUUUGGGAUCUUGACACUGGAGAUUGCGUUCGGUCCAUCAAUGGGCAUGAGCGCGGUAUAGCAUGCAUCGUCUUCGAUGGUCGCUUCAUCACGAGUGGUUCGUCUGAUCUCAGCAUCAGAGUAUUCGACUCAUUUACGGGUGCUUUGCUCGAGACGCUCACGGGCCACACAGAUCUGGUGCGAACGGUCCAGACAGACUCACGCAAGAUUGUCUCUGGAAGCUACGACCAAACAAUCAAGAUCUGGAACCGAGGUGGGCGAUUGGACGACGAAAAGGUGAUAGACCUUGGUCGCCACAGUAGCCGCAUCUUCAAGCUUCAAUUUGAUGAAAAGCGCAUCAUCUCCUGCAGUCAAGAUUCUUGCAUCUUUGUCUGGGACUUUAGCAAUGGCGUGGACGACACCUUCUUCUGA